AUGGGUGCCCAACUGAAGACUGUGUUACUCAACAAGCGCGACAUCCCUCUCAAAGAUCCAACGUUGUGGGUUGCCCAGAAAAGAUCCCAUCCUGUCUACCUUACAUCUGAUGAUAUGAGCAGAGCGGCGGGAAUCCGCGAAAAGAAUUACAAAUAUAAGUUCUGGUGGAGGACAUGUCAGUCUGAAGGUGGUGGUGUUUACCUUGCGGCGAAGAGGGAAGCUAAGAAGGCAGUCUCCAAGAAGCAGUACCCGUGGACCCUACUCUUUGCCGACGAUGUCGUGCUCGCGUCCGAGACUCGAGAUGAUCUUCAGAAACAAGUACAGUCUUUGAAGGAUCGGCUGCAGCAAAAUGGAUUGCGCCUCAAUGUAUCAAAAACUGAAUACACGGAGGUCGGACCAAAAAUAGAUGGUUUAAUUUGCGUCGAUGGCAGCGAAUUAAAGAUGGACUGUUUUAAGUACCUUGGAUCCAAAGUGACUUCCAUAGGCGACAUUGAACAAAAAGGUCGAGCACGUGUUAAUGUGGCAUGGAAGAGGGAAAUGGCAACAGGCGUUCUGUGCGACAAGAAAGUCCCUGUUUGA